UUAUAACACAUAAGUGUACAUAAAAGGAUAAAAGAAGAAUCUUCUUAAAGAUAGAUUAUAAUGCUGUGGUGGGAACUACUAGUAGAUAAGCAAACAUAUUAGACUACUCCAAUUCACAUACUCUCUUUACUCUUCUUCUCACCCUUGGCCUGUUCUGUACAUAUACAAACGAAUAUUCCCCAAUUAAAAUUAUUCAGUAAGAACACCAAAUAGUUACAAAUAAAAAAAAAUUAAAUUCAAAAUCAAAAUUUUUGUGGGUGACCCAGAUCCAUAAAUACAACAAAGAGAAGAAUUGUGGGAAAAUUUGCAAUUUUUGAUAAAGGAGAAUCUUUUUUUAUAUGGGUUAAUCUUCAAAAGUCCUGCUCUUUUUUUAAUCCCCAUUGGAGACUGAAAGGUGGAAAGAACUUUGUAGGUUGCUUUUGGGGAUUCAUAAAUUCAUUACAAAAAGCAGUAGAAUAUACUACUUGUAUUUUGAUUACGAGAAGAAAAGCAGCAUGCCUCUUUCUUUAGUACUUGUGUCUCCAGCUACAGAGGUCUGCCAUGGUUUUCUUGUCACAGAAUCAUGGAUUAGUCGUUUGAUUUUCAACAAGAAAUCGAAAAGAAUAUCCAAAAAACAAGGGAAUUGGGCUUGGAAUGUUGCAAAACAGCAAAAGAGAGUAGGAGGCCCUGUGUUGUCGAGCAUGUUAGCAAACCCGACUGGAGACCUUGUGGUUAUGUCAUCAGAACAAAGAGUGUAUGAUGUAGUAUUGAAACAGGCGGCUUUGGUUAAUACGAAGUUGAGGUCACGCGAAGAUCUUGAUCUUGAUGUGCAGCCUGAUAUUGUUGUUCCGGGUACUUUAAGCUUGCUCGGUGAGGCUUAUGACCGAAGUGGCGAUGUUUGUGCCGAGUAUGCCAAGACAUUUUACUUGGGAACGCAGCUCAUGACCCCUGCAAGGCGAAAAGCUAUAUGGGCAAUAUAUGUGUGGUGUCGGAGGACUGAUGAGCUUGUCGAUGGGCCUAACGCUUCACACAUAACGCCUUCUGCUUUGGAUCGGUGGGAGGCAAGGCUAGACGACCUUUUCAGGGGCCGUCCCUUUGAUAUGCUUGAUGCUGCGUUAUCCGACACUGUAUCUAAGUUUCCCAUCGAUAUCCAGCCGUUUAAAGAUAUGAUUGAAGGUAUGAGGAUGGAUCUCAGAAAGUCGAGAUACAAGAAUUUCGACGAGUUAUACCUAUAUUGUUAUUAUGUCGCUGGAACGGUUGGAUUGAUGAGUGUUCCGGUCAUGGGUAUAGCGCCCGAAUCAAAGGCAACAACUGAAAGUGUUUACAAUGCUGCAUUAGCAUUAGGAAUUGCAAAUCAGCUGACUAACAUACUUAGAGAUGUUGGAGAAGAUGCAAGGAGAGGUCGGGUUUAUUUGCCACAAGAUGAAUUAACACAAGCGGGUAUUUCGGAUGAAGAUAUAUUUGCAGGAAAGGUUACAGAUAAAUGGCGAAAUUUCAUGAAAAAGCAAAUCAAACGAGCGAGGAUGUUCUUUGAUGAAGCAGAGGAAGGAGUUUCCGAGCUUAGUAGUGCUAGCAGAUGGCCGGUAUGGGCAUCGUUGCUUCUGUAUCGACAAAUACUAGACGAGAUAGAAGCAAAUGAUUACAAUAACUUCACAAAGCGAGCGUAUGUAAGCAAAGCGAAGAAACUUCUAGCAUUGCCAAUGGCAUACGCUAGGUCUAUAGUUCCUCCUCGAUCAACUUCCGGCCUUGUGAAAGUGUAGUAAGAUCAACCAAACUAGUAGUGGAUUUACAUUGUAAAGCAUGAGAUCAAUGAGAUGUGUAUAUACACUGAAACAUACAUAUAUUCAUAUUGUUACCAAAAUGGAAAGUUCUUUAGUAGCUA